AUGAGACAUGACCGGCUGGCCGUAUUCUUCGGGUCUGCAGGCGCGCUGGCUGCAAUGACCGCCUUGAGUGCCACCAUCGGUCUGGUCCUCCCCAAGCUGAUGCCAAGAAAGUACACUCAUUGGGCCGCUGUGGCGCUCUUCGUGUACUUCGGUCUGAAGCUCCUUUGGGAGGCUCUUCAGAUGUUGCGCAGCGGAAGUGGUUGUGGGGCCUGCGAAGUUGAUCUGAAAGGGCAUGCUGCAGUCAUCUCUUGCUCGUUGAUCGUAUAUUGUCAAAUCUGUGGAACAAUUGUGGAUGCACGGACCAUUGCGCCGGCCGCAUGUCUCCCCGUGCCAUGCCAGACGACUAACAUCCACCAGCAGAACCAGCAGAUGCAGAGCGAUGUUGGGCAGCUGGAGCGGGCGCUUACCGCUGCUUUGGAGGUCGUGGAGGCUCAGCGGGCCCAACUUGCUGCGGCCCAGGAGGAGGCUGCUCGACUCCAGCUUGAGUUGGAACGCGAGCGGCAAGCACGCACUGCAGCCGAGGAGAAGCUUCGUGAAGCUUCCGUCGAGUUUGCGAGGAAGCUGUCAUCCAUGCAGGCAAAGGUUGUUGAAGCAGAGCGAGACGUCGUUCUUGGUGGACAGAUCCUUCUUACAAGAAGCGCGCCCAGCAGCGCGGCGGCGUCUUCAGCCUGUUCAGAAGGUUCCUUGCGGGUGCCGGGAGAAACUCCCCGGCGCUUGGCACCGGUGCCACCGCCGCCUCGCGAUUCGGAGGAGCCAGGUUUCAGCCGUGCCCAGUGCUUCACGCACCGAGGCCCCGCGGGUCCUCCGGCUGCUCCGCCGGGAUCCUCCGGGCGGCGCACGCGGUCUGCACAGCAGCGGCUCUCACCGAUCGAGCCGCAUUCCCUGAGCUGA